AUGAGACAAUACUUGAAGAGAUUCAACUAUCCUAAUAAUUGGAUAUGUCCUUCUAUUGGUAUCUCUGAAGGUAUUGCUCUCAUGUGGAAGAGUGAUUUUACCCUAAAUAUUAUUCAAUCUACUGAUAAGAUGAUCAAUGCAAUCAUAUCCUAUGACCCUAGUAAACCAAAGUUUCUUGCUACUUUUCUCUAUGGUACUACAUACCAUGAUGAGAGAGUAGCUCAAUGGAACCAAAUUAAUAGUAUUGGUUCUUCUACUAAUCUUCCUUGGGUAUUAAUUGGUGACUUAAAUAUAACUAUAUUUUCUCAUGAAAGAUCAUCCAAUACUAGACCAAAUACUUCUGAUUUUCCUAUUAUACAACAAGUCAUUGGUAGCUCUGAUCUAAGUGACUUAGGCUAUAUAGGUUCUCAAUUUACCUGGUCCGAUAGACAGUUUGGGGUUAAUAAUGUUAAAGCAAGAUUGGAUAGGGCAAUGGUAAAUAGUCAUUGGUUGCAUCAUUAUAACAACUCGAAAUUGUUUAAUAUUGAUACAAUAGGCUCUGACCAUUUGCCAAUUCUCUUGGUUACCAACAGUAAUGAUCACCAAGGAAAAAAGCCAUACAGAUAUUUCAAGUGUUGGUUUAAGGAUCCAACUUGUCAGCAAAUUAUUAAGGACGCUUAUAAAACUAAUCUUAGAGCAUCUCAUGCUUUCAAAAUGAUCAACUGUCUUAGAAAUGUUAAAUAUGAGCUAAAGAAAUGGAAUAUAAACCAUUAUGGUAAUAUUGAUCAUAAAGUGAAUUCCUUAACUGAGGCCAUAAGGGAGGUAGAACAUAAUCUUGAAUUGACUCAAAAAGCUCAAGAUCCUUUUAUACUCAAAAAUCCAGUCUCUCUAAAGCUAGCAAAUGGUCUUUGGUCUGAGGAUAGAGAUACUCUUGAAGACCUUCUUGUUUCUCAUUUCAAGAAUAUAUCUACUACCACUAAUCCUAUCUUAAAUGAGAAUUUCUUGAAUUGCAUAGAUAGUUGUAUCACUAAUGAGGACAAUGACAAGAUUUUGAGUCUCAUUACUCUUGAUGAGAUUAGGAACACCAUUAAGCAAACAGCCCCAUGGACUGCUCCAGGUCCAGAUGGGUUUCCUCCAGGUUAUUAUAAACAAAAUAUGGUUUUGCUUGAAAAAUAUGUUUGGGAAACUGUCAAAAACUUUUUUAACACCAUACAUCUUCUCAAAGAAAUGAACCAUAAGUUUAUUUCUUUAAUUCCUAAGGUGAAUAAACCUAGUAGUCCUUCUGACUUUAGGCCCAUCUCUCUUUGCAAUUCAAAUUAUAAAAUAAUCUCUAAGAUUUUAGUUAAUAGAAUGAAACAUUUGCUCAGCAAACUAACAUCACCUUAUCAGGAUGCUUAUAUCCCCGGUAGAAACAUUCAAAACAAUGUGGUGAUUGCUCAUGAGAUGGUUCAUGCUAUGAAGAAAAAGAAGGAUAAAUAUGGUGUCAUGGGCCUUAAUCUUGAUAUGUCUAAGGCCUUUGAUAGAGUAUAA